AUGAAAGUAGUUUUGUUUUCUAUAAUCACUGCACUAUUUAUUCUUCUCUCGCAUCUUAUAUAUCAAUUUAUUUAUCCUAAUAUGCAACGAUUAAGUGACUCUUUUCUUAUUGAACUUCGUGUUCAUCCUAAAAAAUCUUCACAAGGAAGAAUUAACUCACCUUCUACUCAUGUUCCUGUUCUUGGACAACUUACUGUAGACCGUCUUAUUGAAAGAUUAGAAGAACUAUAUGAAGACGAAGAAGACUCUGAAAUCACUGAUAUAUUAGACCAUGGCCUUUCAGUUUCUUUCUUUGAAGAUAUCCCAACAAAUUGUAAUAAAAUUAUAUCAUCUCCUGAACGAUGUGAAAAUCCUUCUUUACUAAAAUUGUGUUUUAUAUAA